AUGACGAAAUAUAAGAUGAACAAUACAGUGCGGUCCUCGUCGGAGGUGACUCUCACGUCGUACAUGACGGGCAGCACCGACAGCACGAACAAGAACCAGGAUGGACAGUACGACACGAAUCAAAAUGACAACGUGAUCACCGAGGCGAACAGGAACUUGGAAGGAAAGCGAUGUCACGUUUGCCCGAACUCGUGCGAAUUCGUGAAUCAGACGGACAAGCUGGCAGCCUCGUUGGUGAAGCAAGAAACCGACAAGUUUGGGCUGAACGAGCUUAAAGUGGAGGGUCUUGACAAAAACGUGUGUCUGUGCGAGAAGUACAAUGGUGGCUGCAAGCUGUGCCCGCGCCCCAGCUUGGCUCCCACGCUCACCCUCAACCUCGACGGUAAGGCGUCCUGCCUUGCCUGCCACAAGUCCACCUGCGCCUCCGUUUAUACAACCUCAAAUGGUCCAUACAAUGGCGAUCUUCCAAUCAAAGACACCGGCAGCAACAGCAGCAGUGGAUGGAGAAGAGAUGCAGCAAGAAGAGCACGAGCGUGCUGUUCCACCAAAACCCUGAAGCGAAGACUCCCAAUCCUCGAAUGGCUACCCAAGUAUUCGUUAAGCAAUGGGCUGUCUGAUGUUAUUGCUGGUAUAACAGUAGGGCUCACAGUAAUACCCCAAGCCAUAGCAUACGCGGGGGUGGCUGGUCUUCCCCCACAGUAUGGCUUGUAUUCCUCGUUCAUGGCGUGCUUCGUGUACACCGUGUUCGGAUCCGUGAAGGACUCUGCCAUCGGUCCCACGGCCAUUGCCGCCAUCCUGACGAGAGAGAACUUGCACGGCUUGGGCCCGGAGUUCGCUGUGCUGCUGGCUUUCUUGUCAGGAUGUGUGGAGUUGCUUAUGGGGAUUCUUCAACUGGGGUUCCUGAUAGACUUUAUAAGCGGUCCUGUGUCGGUGGGGUUUACGUCAGCGGCUGCCAUCAUCAUCGCGACGACGCAGGUCAAGGAUAUCCUGGGGCUCAGCUUCCCAGGAGGAAAGUUUUUGCAGGUAUGGACAGGCAUGUACGAGCACAUCGGUGAGACACGUCUGUGGGACACCGUGCUCGGGAUCUCCUGCAUCAUCGUGCUGCUAUUACUCAGGAAAGUAAAAGACAUAAUCGUAUCACCCAAAGUGGACGCGGAGUCUGGCGUGAUGGAGGGGGGCGGGUCACGGCUGCGCCGGUCCUUGGCUAAUGGGCUGUGGUUCCUCUCCACCACAAGGAACAUUCUCGUGGUGCUGGUGUGCGCUGCGCUUGCGUACUACUUCGACACGCAGAGAAAAGCUCCCUUCGUCCUUACCGGCGAGGUGAAGCCAGGACUACCGGAGGUGUCGCUGCCGCCGUUUUCGGCGACAGUUGGAAACCACACUUACACUUUCUCUGAGAUGGCGUCUACUCUUGGUUCUGCCAUCUUCGUCGUUCCUCUACUAUCUAUACUCGAGAAUAUCGCGCUAGCUAAAGUCUUCUCGGAGGGCAAGUACGUGGACGCGACGCAGGAGAUGGUGGCGCUGGGCGUGUGCAACAUGGCGGGCGCGCUGGUGCACUCCAUGCCGGUGUCGGGCGCGCUGUCGCGCGGCGCCGUCAACCACGCCUCGGGCGUCGCCACCACCGCCGGCGGCCUCUACACCGGCGCGCUCGUGCUGCUGUCGCUACAGUACUUCACGCCAUAUUUCUACUACAUCCCAAAAGCUUCGCUCGCGGCGGUCAUCAUCGCCGCCGUCGUGUUCAUGAUGGAGCUUCACGUCUUCAAGCCUAUAUGGAGAACUAAGAAAUUAGACAUAAUCCCAGCCGUGGUGACGUUCGCGACUUGCUUGAUGCUGCGGCUGGAGCUGGGCAUCGUCAUCGGCAUCGCAGUCAACUUGGUGUUCUUGUUGUAUGCUUCUGCAAGACCUUCCGUGAAAGUCUCCACCGCCGUUUCGCCGGAUGGCGUGGAGCACGUGGUGGCGGUGGUGGACCGCUCGCUGUCGUUCCCGUCGGCCGAGUUCGUGCGGCGCGCGCUGCGCAAGGCGGCGCAGCGCCACGCGCACGGCGCGCCGCUCGUGCUGGACGCCACGCACGUGCAGGCCGCAGACUUCACCGCCGCCAAGGGCAUCAAGGCGUUGAUAGACGACUUCCACCAACAAGGCCAACCCAUCAUUUUUUACAACGUGAAGCCGUCGAUCGCGGAGGUGUUCCGCGGCGUUCGUCCGCGCGAGUUUUUGCACUGCUCGUGCCGGCCCGAGCUCGACCGCCUGCUGCUGGAGACGAGCGCGCGCUCCAGACGUCCUCCACCCCCUAACAUCUGUUAG